AUGAUCCCUCUGCGGCCCUCCCUGUUGAGGCCUCGAGAGGCGCUUGUAUGCUCACAAUGUCUGGUUCGGUCCCGUCCAUCGCAACAUUCCGCCAUUCGGGGGUUCUUAUCGUCAUCGAAACGACGAACGGGCAUCGCGGAUGACCAGAGUCCUCCCGCAUUUCACAAGUCUUACUUCUCGGCCAAUCGAUUAUUCGACGGGUCAAGCAGCAGAGGAGGAUUGCUGUCUUCACUUGCCUCGAACAAUGCCGCCAAGUCGACCUCCGAUUCGCCCAGCGGUGCUUCCGCAACCCCGGCCGAUGCGUCAACAGCUUCGUCGGGGACAUUCGCGACAGCAGCAAUCCCAGACGAACUACCACAUCGGCGAAGGAAGCGUUUGAAGGACGAAAGCAAAGAAACUGGGCAACCAGAGCCCGCAAUGCCACUGGAUGCUUCGGCGCAAUUGUCGAACUUCUCGUCCACGCUCCCCACCACCUCCCUCCGCCGCAAAUUGGCUGCAUAUCUCGCCCUGACAAAACCCCGAUUGUCUUUCCUGAUCGUACUCACCACCACAUCUUCAUACGGAAUGUACCCGAUCUCGACUUUGCUCACACUCGACCCGGCCAUGACCCCACUACCUACACUUUCGACCUCAACCCUGACCCUUAUAUACCUGACGGCGGGCACGUUCUUGUCAUGUUGCAGCGCGAACACACUGAACAUGAUGUUUGAACCUAAAUACGAUGCGCUUAUGUCCCGCACUCGCAACCGUCCGUUGGUUCGUGGCCUUAUCUCCUACCGGGGAGCUCUCUUGUUUGCCCUUGGCACUGCCGUUACGGGUCUCUCUCUCCUCUAUAUCGGUACCAACCCGACGACUACCGCCCUGUCUGCCGCGAAUAUCUUCCUGUAUGCAUUUGUCUACACGCCAUUGAAGCGAAUCUCUGUGGUGAACACCUGGGUUGGCGCGAUUGUUGGCGGUAUCCCACCGUUGAUGGGCUGGAUCGCUGCGGCUGGUUUGACUGCCACAAUUGGGCAUGACACUUGGCGCGACAUGCUGUUCAGCGAAGAAAGUAUUGGUGGGUGGCUGCUCGGUGGAAUUUUGUUCGCCUGGCAAUUCCCCCACUUUAACGCUUUGUCCCAUAUCAUCCGUGAUGAGUACAAGGCUGCCGGUUACCGGAUGAUGGCCUGGGUGAACCCUGCACGUAACGCCAGAGUCUCUCUGCGCUACUCGCUCCUCAUGUUCCCCAUUUCCAUUGGCCUCUGGUGGUACGAUGUCGUCGGUCCCGGGUUCUUAGUGAGCAGCACUAUCGCCAACGGCUGGCUGGUCCGAGAGGCGUACCGUUUCUGGCAACACCAGGGUGCUAAUGGCACUGCGCGUGGGCUCUUCUGGGCCAGUAUCUGGCAGCUCCCUGCUUUGCUCGUCGGUGGCCUUGUGACCAAGAAGGGUCUCUGGGACGGCGUUUGGAGGAAUAUCUUUGGGCAUCCCGAUGAAGAUGACGAAGAAUAUAUCUACUAUGAGGAUGAAGAGGAAGUUGAAAGUACUAACUCUGAGGACCGACAAUCGGCGCCUCGUCUGUCAUCGAAACAGACAAAAACCAGUACUUUAUCUACGGUAUGA